GCUUCCAGUGCCACUUAGGGUAAGGAGUAAACCCCAGCAUACUUGCCCUGCUCUCACAAAGACCCUGGUGUGGUUGGGCAAUGGAUGGGCUGCUCUAGUUGGACUAGAUAGGAAAGCCUAAGAACCCCCAGAGGGAGUUUGAAGCAAAGAUGUCAUGUGGGUCUACACCUGUGUGUUCACCCAGUAGCUCUGCUUCCCCAAAGGGUGGUUUUCCUCAGCACACUGCGGUGCUGCAGCUCCUCUAGCAGGGGUGACAACAUGGCAGCAGUUUGUGGAUCCCAGUGUGGUGUGCACCAGCCCUGUGCACAUGGCAUGGUGUGUUCCAAGCCUACACUUGUACUAGUGGAUCAAGUGGCCAGUGGCAGUCUUCCUUGUGAGAUACCUGUCCCAGUCACAUGCUAUGACACACUGCCUGUAGGGGCCACUAUCAUCAAAGCUACCCUCUCCACUUGUGAUCUCACGAAAGACCCAAAACCUCUAAACUGAGACACAGCAUGUCACUCUCCCACAUUGAGUUGAUGUCACUCUUUCCUUAUCUAGAGCCCUUGGCCAUAUCACUGAUUGCCAUGUGGAAGGAACCAGUCCGAUCAUUAUGACUCUCACAGGUCCCUAACAUUUGGGGUGCGUUCAUGACCCUAAAAACCCCUAUGGGAAUAGGUUCCAGGGCUUUCCCCAUCCAACCUAUGGCACACUGCAACAUGAGAAUCACAAAGGCCUGGCUGUUAGUUGUGGGGAGGCUCUUUAGGGCAGCUGUUGAGGAAGAAACCAGCUGGGCCAUUUGCAGUGACCCCACAGGGCCAAACAGCAGCUGAUCCCUUUUGGAGUUUGGGGAUGCCUGAUAUGCAGGAGGCAGGCAGACUGGAAGAGAGAAGUGGUCCCCUGUUAAUGGGCAAAGGCCAUCAAGACAGCUGUCAGCAGGCAUCUCCCUGGGCCUCUGGGGCUGUUCUGACCUAUAAUUGGGCUCUUUGUCUCACAGCAACUUCCCUAUCUAAAUUUUAUUGUAGUCUAUGGGAAUUCCCUUGAGGACAGAGUGCCACAUGAAGCCAAACCUGCAUUGUGUGAAAACUGAUCUCUAGCUGAAGGGCAUCGCAUCAUGGCAUGCACACACCUUGCAGAUGCACCUUACAUGUGGCAUGCCUCCUGGGGGGACAAGCUGGAAAUACUGUUCCAGGCCUGGGCCAGGGUCCAGCAGCCCUUAGCCCAGCAGUCCAUCCACUGGAUAGAGGCCAUUGAGGGGUAUGAUACCUCCUCCCAAAAGGAUGAAGUGGUAUCUGCAGACAGAGCUGAGGUUAUCCCCAGGGUGUGUGGAGAUCCACCCCCACUGGAAAGGCCAGAUACCAUCGUGCCUAUCCUCAAGGAAGAUGGAUCCUACCUGCUCUGUGGAUUUUGGGGUGAUGAGCCUGAAGCACCAGCCCAGGCCUGGUCUGAGACUGUGAAAUGUACAAUCCAGCAGCCCAUCUGCUGUGCUGAGGCCAAUGUGGUGGAAGACCUUUCCUACAAAAAGGAGGAAGGGGAGGUGGCAACUGCAGUCCAGGCUGAGCCUAUCCCCAGGGUGUGUGGAGAUCCACCCCCACUGGAAGGGCCAGAUGUCAUCGUGCCUAUCCUCAAGGAUGAUGGGUCCUACAUGCUCUGUGGAUUUUGGGCAGAUGAUGAUGCUGAAGCUCCAAUCUGGGCCUGUGCUGGGGCCUGGCACCCUACAACCCAGCAGCCCAUCUGCUGUGCUGAGGCCAUUGUGGUGGAAAACCCCUACCACCAAAAGGAGGAAGUGGAGUUGGCAUCUACAGACCAGGCCGAGGCUAUCCCCAGGGUGGGUGAAGAUCCACCCCCACUGGAAGGGCCAGAUGCCAUCGUGCCUGUCCUCAAGGAUGACGGGUCCUACGUGCUCUGUGCAUAUUGGGCAGAUGAACCUGAAGCACCAGACCAGGCCUGGGCUAGGGCCUGGCACUUUACAACCCAGCAACCCCUCUGCUGUGCUGAGGCCAUUGUGGUGGAAGACUCCUCAAACAAAAAGGAGAAAGUCAAGGGGGCAUCCUCAGAUCAGGCUGAGGCUAUGUCCAGGGUGGGUGAAGAUCCACCCCCACUGGAAGGGCCAGAUGUCAUCGUGCCUAUCCUCAAGGGUGACGGAUCCUACCUGCUCUGUGGAUUUUGGGCUGAUGAUCCUGAAGCACCAGUCCAGGCCUGUGCUGAGCUCUGGCACCUUGCAACCCAGAAGCCCAUUUGCUGUGCUGAAGCCAUUGCGGAGGAAGAGUCCUCCUGCAAAAAGGAGGAAGGGGACUCAGCAUCUGCAGAGCAGGCCGAGGCUAUACCCAGGGUGUGUGGAGAUCCACCCCCACUGGAAGGGCCAGAUGCCAUCGUGCCUAUCCUCAAGGAAGAUGGAUCCUACCUGCUCUGUGGAUAUUGGGCUGAUGAGCCUGAAGCACCAGUCCAGGCCUGGCUGGGGCCUGGCACUUUACAACCCAGCAGCCCAUCUGCAGUGAUGAGGACACUUUGGAGCCCUCAUUUCAAGAGGAGGAAGGUGUGGUGGCACCUGCAGACCAGGCCGAGGCUAAUCAGAGCCUCUGCUCUGCAUCACACCUCGGGGUGUGUGAAGAUCCACCCCCACUGGAAGGGCCAGAUGUCAUUGUGCCUAUUCUCAAGGAUGAUGGAUCCUACAUGCUCUGUGCAGUUUGGAUGGAUGAUCCUGAAGCGCCAGUCCAGGCCUGUGCUGGGGCCUGGCACCCUACAGCCCAGCAGCCCAUCUGCUGUGCUGAGGCCAUUGUGGUGAAAGAUGCCACCUACCAAAAAGAGAAAGUCAUGUUGGCAACUGCUGAUUGGGCUGAGGCUACCUCCAGGGUGUGUGGAGAUCCACCCCCACUGGAAGGGCCAGAUGUCAUCGUGCCUAUCCUCAAGGAUGAUGGAUCCUACUUGCUC